AAGUAAAUUGCGGUGGAUUAGAGCAAAACAAGUGAGAGAGAGCAAAGGUUUGGUUCUUUAUCGGGAGCAAAAAGAGAGAGAGAGAGGAUGAGUGUGGUGGUAACAAUAACAUCAACCAUCAAUUCCUCGCGGGUUCCGUCAUGGAUGAACAACAACGGAGACAGUUCUCCCUCACUGAGGGAAACCUUGGCCUCUUUCUCAAGGAGGAGCUCAAAUAUAUCUCUUUUGAGGAACAAGAAGAAGAAGAAGAAGGUGUGUUGCGGCGCGAAGAGCACAGAUGAUGAUUACCACGCAACCAUCAAAUCACUCAAUUCUCGAGGCCGCUUUCCCAGAAAAUCCCUUGGGCAGCAUUACAUGCUGAAUUCGGACAUAAACGAUCAGCUAGCGGCAGCGGCUAAAGUGAAAGAAGGAGAUUUUGUAUUAGAGAUAGGACCUGGGACUGGCUCUUUGACCAAUGUUCUUCUCAACUUAGGUGCUUCUGUUCUUGCCAUCGACAAGGAUCCUCAUAUGGUGGAUUUGGUGAGAGAAAGAUUCGCAGGUUCCGACAAGUUCAAGGUUUUGCAUGAGGAUUUUGUCAAGUCUCACAUCCGUUCUCACAUGCUCUCCUUUUUAGAGACUAGAAACUUAUCUCAUCCUGAUUUUGCUCUUGCAAAGGUUGUGUCCAACUUACCUUUUAACAUAAGUACUGAUGUUGUCAAGCUUCUUCUUCCUAUGGGUGACAUUUUCUCUCACGUUGUUCUCUUACUCCAGGAUGAGGCAGCUUUGCGAUUGGUUGAGCCAGCUUUGCGAACAUCUGAAUACCGACCCAUCAACAUUUUGGUCAACUUCUAUUCUGAACCGGAAUACAAUUUCAGAGUUCCUAGGGAGAACUUCUUCCCUCGGCCCAAGGUUGAUGCAGCUGUUGUAACAUUCAAACUAAAGCAUCCGAGGGACUAUCCCGAUGUCUCCUCCACCAAAAGUUUCUUCUCUUUGGUGAAUUCUGCAUUCAAUGGGAAGAGAAAAAUGUUAAGAAAGUCACUCCAGCACCUAUCGUCAUCUCCAGAGAUCGAGAAAGCUCUUGGAGUAGCAGGUCUUCCAGUCACUUCGAGGCCAGAAGAGCUUACGCUGGGUGACUUUGUCAAGUUGCAUAAUGUAAUAGGCAGAGAAUAGAAGGUGGUUCAUAAUACGUAUCGAAGUUUUCAGGAAGCCACCAGAGAAGAAAGCAGCAUGAGGAGGAGGCUACUGAGAUGCAGAUGAAUAUUAUGACCAUUGUCGAUAUGAGCAGGAAGUAAGUAGAACGCAGAUCAAACCAAUCAUAUUCUGGUGUAAGUCUCUCUGUAUGGUGGAAAAGUUGUAGUAUCACAAAAUGAUAGUGUCUUUACAAUGACAAAACCUUAAUUAACUUUUAUAAAGCGUAUAAAGAUGAUC